AUGACCACGGUCAAUCCCCAGGUCAACUCUCACCUAGUCCAAAUCCCCCUCGAGAUCCUUAUCCGGAUCACUUACUUCAUCUCGACAGUCGAUCUUGGAAAUGUGCGACUUAGCUGCAAGUCUUUGGAACAGAGUCUCUUCAACUUCUUCUCGCACGAAUUUUUCCGCAAGAAGCAGUUCAUGGUGACGACCGAAAGCCUGCAGGCGCUAGUCGAUAUUUCCAAGCAUUCGACUUUGUCUCCUUGCCUGAAACACGUCAUCAUCAGCACCGACCGUCCAUCGAGCAGCUGGUUGCCGGGGAUAAGCGACGAGGCCAGGGUGCGCCUUGAGCUCGCCUUGGCCGACCACUCAAGCCUGCUGGCCACAGGGGGGUUGCGAGACAUGCUUGCCGACGCAUUCACCAACCUGGUCAACCUCGAGACGGUCGAUGUCCGCGACUUCAACUCCCCCAGUCGCAAUCGCGACGGUUCAGGCACCCAAUGGAGAAGCUACGGCGCCGUCACCCUCGCGGCCGCAACCGAAGCCCCUGUCGUGGCUUCGAGACAGGGCCCGCGAGACGACAAUUACCCUACCCAGCUUUUCUCUGCCGUCACCGCUGCCCUUGCUGCAGCAGAAGCGCGCCCGAGGAGCCUCGAGGUGCUCUUGAGGACAGGGACAUGGGCUCCAUUCGGACUUGACGAUGCAGCCUUCUACGUUCUGCCUCGUAUCGAAACAUCCAUGUCGACUCUCCUCGCAGGGUUACAGUCCCUUCAUCUCACACUUGGCUUGACCAACCGCGCAACACGCAUGAGGCCGUUUAUGAUUCAACGGUUCCUGUCGCUAGCAUUCAACCUGACUUGGCUGCGCUUGAAUUUCAGCCGCACCGACAUGGCCGACGUCCAGCACCUCCUUCAAUGGCUCGCCCGCAAAGACUCGCACGAUACAGCGGUCUCUUUCGACAUGCGUCCAGUCCAGUUGCAACAUCUUGAGCGCCUGGACCUGGGGAGUGCCACAACCGAGACGCCCGUGCUCAUCGGUCUGGUUGCUAAGUUCGCUCCCACGCUGACCUCGUUGUACCUACGGAGAGUGGAUUUGUACGACAAGGAUAACGACGUGGUGCUGAACCCCAAAAAGAUCAAUCCCUGGGAGAAGUGCCUGUCCGUUAUCGCGAGGCUGCCUGACCUUAAACUCCGAGUCAUAGAUCUGAGCUCGGUGACGCACUCGUGCAUGGGGUGGAAGGGAGCAGUAACGUUCAAAGAUGAAAAUAUGCGCUCGCACUCGACCACCUGGACAUGCUCGACGAACCAGGUCAGCUUGGCCAAGGCCAUUGCGCAGGCCAUCGAAGCUAUGACUGCGCAGUGGCCACAGGAGCCGGAUCCUGACGCCAUGGAUGGUACGUAA